UCCCCCAUUCUGCUAAGUUUUCUUCUUCUGUGACAGCCCUAGAGUUCUAACCUACAUAGAAGCCCAGGCGUCUGAACCAGAACCUAGAGCAGAGCAAAAGACAUGUAGGGAAGAGGACAGACUUCAUGGAGCCGACUCAGCCAAGCAGUGCAGUCAAAAGCUCCCCAACCUCCUGGGGCACAUCAGGCUCACCAGCCUCUGCGGCCACCCCUGCGGUCUCACCAGCCUCUGCGGCCACCCCAGCUGCCCAAGCCCCUCCGACUCUCCCUUCCUCAUCUUUGCUGUAUUCACAAGUGUCCAGGAUCAUUGCCUCCAGGACACAGAGGGCAGGGAUAUGGUUUCCUCACCUCAGCCGGAUUGAAAAAACCCCAGAGUCCACCACCACCACCAUGUUGAAGCAGCCUUUCCUUCCAGAAAGUAAGAGGAAGAUGGAGGAGGGGCUGCCUUCACGCUACCAGCUCCGCCAGCAGCAAGCCAACAAAAACAACUUCCCGUUUUCAGUGCACGAUAACAGGCGUGACUUGGAAUUCUGUGGCCACGGUCUGGACGAGAGUCUAGGGCGUAAGAAGCUGGAGCAGGUACAAAUGCACUUCCAUUCUGCCAACUUCAAUCAUCGGACAAGUGACUACAUCCCCACCCCAGAAGAUAACACGAGCACUUACCAGGCAUCAUACACGGCUAAGUCAAGAGCAAGAGGCCUGUUCUUUCCACUCUUUCCCAAACAUCACCGUGACAGGUGGAACACUCAUUUUAUAUGAGAGUUGAGACAGCUCCAAAGAGAAACUGCUGGGAAGUGUUGCAUAUUUUCCAUUAAACUCCUCACCUCAGGAGAGUUUUCUCAUCCUUUUAUGUAAGGCUAUGAUAAAAGGGGUUCCCUUUCAUUUAGCACCACUUUUAAAACACAAACUUUGGACUGGAAUGUGGACAUGGUAGAGGCUUUGUUUCAUAAUAAUAGUUUUGGUGUCUAAGUUUCUUUAAAUAGCAAAAUGUUCACAGAAAUGAUUGUACUGGGGAAUGGGACUUCCUCCCCCCAUUUAUCACAAUAACGCUGUCUUCAUCUGUAGAUUUUUAAAAACGAUAUUUAGGUAAAGAGAAAUUCCUUAAUUAUGUAUUUCUGCACUAUAACCCAAAUUAUUUGAGUAAGAUACAUUGAUAAAUAGAAAUA